UAAGCAACCUCACAGACACACAGGGGUAGAAAAAGCAUAGAGAGCGAGAGAGAGUGGGCUCACCCCAACAGACGUGAGCUGCCAGUUGCAAAAAUACCUACUGAGGGGCUGAAAGCCACUCAAAAGAAAGAGAAUGGGAAAGAGCGACAGAGAUAAUGGUGUAGAGACUUGGGGGAUGGUAAGAGACAGAGAGAGAGAGACAGAGACAGAGACAGAGAGUAGAGCGUGUUAGUGCACAAGCUACGAGAUCCACAGAGAGAAAACGAGAGAGAGGGGAGAGCACUGGAGAGAGAAACAACACUAAGGAUAGUGGAUAAUGGACUGAGUGAGAGUAAAGACACAGAUCUCCACAGGUGAGAACAAGAGAACAGAAUAGAGGAGUUUCUUUCUCUUUCUGUUUUCCCUCUCAGUCUCCAUCAAUGACUUGAACAGGCUGACUGGGAUGGGACUCUGACAGUACUCAGCUACCUGGAUACGGCAUCCUGGAGCCGACUCAAAGAAAAUGGUAGUGUAAAGUAUCCCGGGGAAGGGAUCAUAUCAAAAGCCAGUGACUUACAUGUACUUAUUCAGCCGGGGUGUAGCGACUGAAUGACCACCCGUGAGAACCCGCUCCCCUCUAUCACCACAGAAACAGAAACAUGGAAUGGUGAGAGUGCAGAAUUCCCCACAGCACCUCUUACCAAAGACCACUCCUGAAGAGGGUGCCAUUCGACCAGCUGGGAUAAACCAGACACAACAGGGCAACGCCCAACCACUCCAGGUCCAAUUCCUUCCAACAGGACAUUCUAAUCAAGAAAAAGGAAUGUUCUCCCUUGGCCAGGUUCCUUGUAUUUGAAUGAGACCCAGAAACCUUGAUUUAAAUGGAAUAACAAGAACCACCUGCAAACAGAUGGGUAAUAAGAUGUGAGUUUAUUUGUGAAUGAAUAUGGAAUGUUACGCAUUUGGCUGCCAAUAAUUAAUCCAUGGAUGAGGGCGUUUCAGCCUAAGGACACAAAUUGCUUCAGUGCCCUUGUUGGUCAGUGGAGAGUAAAAACUACCAAAGCUGGGCUUUAUAAUGAGAAAUCCAUGAGAAACAGAGCAACAUGAGAACUGAGAGACUCAAGGACUCUGAUUUAGUUUAGGUUAACCCCCUCUAUGUCGCAUGUGGACCGUGAGAUUGGAGAAUAACACUUUACAGACAUUUUAUUCUCUCCUGUCUCUUCAGAGCUGCACCUAUACACUGCUCCUUCAUCGCUCCCUUUGACCCAUUUAUCAAAGGAAUAUAAUGGAAGUCAAUGACACUUUAGCGACUAACACCUGAAAAUCAGAAGUGAACUUUAGGGUUCCAUAGUGAGAAGAAUUCUGCUCUAUCCAUCCUUUUUGACCCAAUUAUGAAAGGAGUUUAACAGAGAUCCAUGAUACAUCACACUAAAGCAACACUUUGGCGUUAACAGAGAGCCAGCUAAGAGCAUUGAGAAGAGUACUAUAUUCUACAAUGGGACUGAGAGACUCACAGCAGUAGCUAUGGCAGACUGAACUGAAUAGAAAAACAUACACACCAAGUCAUAUCUUAGUUCCAAGGGGCCUAGGAGAGGCAAAAACUGAGGUAAACUGGUAAAAUGGAAAACAUGGCCACCAACAUGACCGGUGACUACCCAGCAUACCCCACCGGCCUCCCCUACAACUCCAGCAUAGACUAUGAGGAUUACGACCAGGAACUCGAUGCCAGUAAUAUCAUCAUCCCCUCCAUCUACGCCCUGGUCUGCUGUGUGGGUCUUACAGGCAAUGCCAUGGUCAUCUAUGUGAUCCUCAAAUACGCCAAGAUGAAAACUGCCACCAAUAUUUAUAUAUUAAAUCUGGCAAUUGCAGAUGAACUGUUUAUGUUGAGUGUUCCGUUCUUGGCAACAUCGGCGGCUGUACGUCAUUGGCCGUUCGGCUCGCUCAUGUGCCGUCUGGUGUUGAGCGUGGACGGCAUAAACAUGUUUACAUCUAUCUUCUGUCUGACGGUGUUGAGCGUGGAUCGAUAUGUGGCCGUGGUUCACCCUAUCAAGGCUGCCCGCUACCGCCGUCCCACCGUGGCAAAGAUGGUCAACGUCUGUGUGUGGGGCCUCUCGCUCCUCGUCAUCCUCCCCAUCAUCAUCUUCGCUGACACAGUCCCGGCACAGGAUGGCGGCGUGGACUGCAACUUCCUGUGGCCUGAGGCUGCAUGGUCAGUGGCAUUUGUGGUGUACACCUUCCUGCUCGGCUUCCUGCUGCCUGUAGGUGCUAUCUGCCUCUGCUACUGCCUGAUGGUGGCACGCAUGCGGGCGGUAGGGCUCAAAGCCGGUUGGCUGCAGCGGAGGCGCUCGGAGAAAAAGAUCACGCGGAUGGUGUUGUGCGUUGUGGCGGUCUUCGUGCUCUGCUGGAUGCCCUUCUACAUCGUCCAGCUGGUCAGCGUGUUCCACCACCCCCCCGACGCCAUGGUCACCCAGCUCUUCGUCAUCCUGAGUUACGCCAACAGCGGCGCCAACCCCAUCCUCUAUGGCUUCGUGUCCGAUAACUUCCGCCGGUCGUUCCAGAGGAUCGUGUGUUUCCGUUGGUUAGAGUCUGGGCUGGAUGGGGAACAGGUGGACUACCGUGCUGUAGCUCUGAAGAGACAGGCCACCAAUGGACAAAAAGACUUCCCUAAGGACGGUCUGGCAUCUGAUAUGGUGUUCCGGAAUGGGACAUGCACCUCACGCACUACUACACUGUAACUGGGACCAGUAGUUGUAGAUGAUAAAAUACAACGCCACACAGUGAGUGAUGGGAUAGCAAUGUAUGAAAAUGAAUAACACCACACAUAAACAAUUAGCGGGGCCAGUGGUUGAUGAGGAUGACCCAUGUCUUUGAAAAUAAAUGAGAUGUUCACUUACUGUAUGCUGCUCUCAAGUGUGACAAUUAUUAUUUGUUUUUCCUACUGGAUAAAGAACAUUUUUUAACUGUGUAGCACAGGAGAAUGUAUGCACAAAAUAGAGAUGUUAGAUGUCAGUGUGAUGGUUGACUACAAGCCAAGUCAAGUGAUGUUUCUCGUACUGAGGUGGUGCAGCUUUGACAAGUUUAUACAUUUGACUUGGUCUUUUACCUGGAGUUUACAGUACAUGUGUUGGUUUGAACUAUGUCCUUCUGUCUGUAAAUCUAUUUAUUGUACUGUAUAUGCUAUAUAAUUAUGUAUUUAUUUAUUUGGAGUUGGACGAUGAGCCGAAACUACCUAUGCUGUUUGGCUUAAGUACAUAGGCAAUAAUUGAAUAAUUGACAGAAUCAUACAUUUGCCACAGUAUUAAUGCCCAAUGUAUAUGUUGAGUACUGCUGUGUUCUCUCUGUUGCUUUCACUUGCUCAAAUACAUUCAUACAAGCAGCCCAAAGGGACAACUGUAAAUAA